AUGGAGAUCUCAUCGUCGCCACCUGUGUCGCCGCCCCAGAGACGUCGAAGGUCUGCCUCGGAUGCGGAGGAUACGGACGCAGAAUCACAGGCCAGCAAGCGGCGUCGGUUCGACGACAGUGGGGAACACGAGGAGGAAGAUGAGGUGCCUUCAGAGUCAGAAGGAGACAUCCUCCCGGACAGCUACAGACGCUCACCGAAAGGCAAGCAACGAGCCCGUGCCACGACGAGCGAGCACACUCAGCAAGAGCAUAAGCCUGGCUCGAUUGUACGAAUUUCGAUGAGGAACUUUGUCACGUACACAAACGCCACCUUCCAUCCUGGGCCGAACCUCAACAUGAUAAUUGGACCAAACGGCACAGGGAAGAGUACACUGGUCUGCGGCAUAUGUCUGGGUCUCGGUUGGAAGCCAGAGCAUUUGGGUCGGGCUAAGGACAUCAGCGAAUUUGUCAAGCACGGAUGCAAGGAGGCUGUCAUUGAGAUCGAGCUCAAGGCGGACCCGACGCGACAACAGACGAACCCGAUCAUUGGCUGCAAGAUCACUCGUGAUGGAAGUGGUCGGAACAACCAGGAGAAGAAGACCGCUUUCAAGAUUGACGGCAAGACAGUCUCCAACAAAGCGGUGCAAGAAUUUGUGCGAAGCUUCUCUAUCCAGGUGGACAAUUUGUGCCAGUUCUUGCCUCAAGAUCGAGUCGUCGAGUUCGCGGCGUUGUCUCCUAUCGAUCUGCUCGUGCAGACGCAGAGGGCUGCUGCGCCGACCUACAUGUCGGAAUAUCACGAAGACCUCAAGAAGUGGCGAAAGGAAGAGAAGCAGUUGCAGGAUGACCAACAGAAUCUUAUCGAAGAUCUAAAAAAGCUCGAAGAUCGUCAAAGAGCUCAAGCCAACGAUGUGGAGCGCAUGCGUGAGCGCGAAGUGGUCAAAGAAAAGCUUGCAUUGUUGAAAAAGUUCAAGCCAGUCAGUGAAUUCAAUGAGUUGAGGAGGAAGCACACCGAAGCAAAGGUCGCCGCGAAAGACGCCGCCAGAGAGCUGCGACGGCUCGAGCAGCAAAUCCAGCCCAACAUGCAAGCAGUCAAUGAGAAGCAGGAGUACCUCAACACAGUUGAGCGCUUCCUCAAAUCCAAGGAGCGGAUGGUGCUGCAUGGUGUUGACACGGUCAGCAAGCUGCAGCAGAAAUUCGACAAUAUUGGAAAAAAGGUCACAGAAUGUGACGAAGAAAUUAAGGCGGAGGAUGCGAGCGCGACAAAGGCCAAAUCAAACGUGCUGAAACUGCAGCGAGACGUUACAAGCAUUAAGAAUGCAAUGACCAGCCCUCCUGCUGCAUUCGAUGCUGCAGAAACGAACCAACAGGUCACAGAAAUGAGCCGACGUAUUCGCACACUUCAGGAAGAGCAGAGUGCAAACCACGAUUCAAUGGGGGAGCUGAAAGAGUCGGCUCAGCAGCGUAAACGAAUGAUCGAGGCGGAGCAGGAAAAGCAGACUCAUUUGCAAUCGCAGGCUGGCAAAUUGGAGAGCAAGCUUUCCAGCGUAUCUCAAUCGUCGGCCGAUCUCUGGAAAUGGAUCCAAGCCCACCAGGACAAAUUUCACAACAAGGUCUAUGGACCACCCAUGAUUGAAUGCUCCGUCCAGGGCUCACGGAAUGCGGACUGGAUCGAGGCUGUGGUGGGCGUGAGCGAGCUCAAAGCAUUCACAGUGACGGAUUCGCGCGACUUCAAAACACUGUCUCAUCAGGCGUACCAGGUCAUGAAACUCACCGAUGUGAACAUUCGCUCGGCGACCCAGGGCCUCGACAAGUUCCCAAAACCUGAGAUCUCGACUGAGGACAUGACACGAAUGGGCCUGGACGGAUGGCUAUUGGAUCGGAUAGAAGGACCAGAGCCAGUCCUGGCUAUGCUUUGCGACGGUAGGAACGUCCACAGGACCGCGUUCUGCAACCGCGACACUACAGAGCAACAAUUCGAGCUGCUCAAGAGAUCAGCGCUUAGCGCUUGGGUCACGCCCGCUAACCAUUAUCAGAUCGUUCGUCGGUCAGAGUAUGGCGACGCGGGUACUUCUACCAAGGUAGCCCAGCUGAAGAAGUCGAGGUUCUUGACCGAUGCUCCUGUGAGCACACAAGCCGAGGAGGAGAGCAACGCCAAGGUUAGAGAACUGCGAGGUGAACUUGACCACAUCAAACAAGAAAUGGAGGGGCUGAGACUUCGAUAUGGUCAACUUCGCGACGAGGUGAAAACGCUGACUGAUCAAUCGCAAGCCAUCAAAGAUGAAAAAGCAAAGUUACAGCACCAGAAGUCGGCAUUCGAUGGACUUCCAACCAAACUGGCGAGCACCGAGGCACGUCUCGCAGAGUUACAGGAACAAUUGUCACAGCACGACGGCCGCAAAUGGGAAAUUUCUCAGAAGCAGAUGCAGCUGAAUAUGGAUCAGGGCCAGGUUGCGCUUGAUCAUGGCAGGGCAGUCCGCAAUCUGGAAUCGUUCCAGGAACAGGCGAUAAGAGUGGAGAUCAAUCGCAUAGAAGCUGCUUCAGACCUUGACCAACUGAAGGCUCGUAACGAAGCGGAUCUCAAUCGCUUGCAGGCCGCACAGCAGAAAAGCGAGAGCGCGAAGCAGGAGAAGGAGGAGCUUAUGAGACUUGGCGUCCAAAAACAACGAGAAUGCGUGGCCAUCUCCAACGAGAUGGGCGAGUUGACAGAUCUGCAGGAAGAGGUUCACACUUUGGUCCUUGGAUUGGAACCCACUGCGCUCGAAACGGAGAUCACCUCUGUGGAGGCAUCCCUUGACUUACUGGCAGGCAACGGGAACGCCAACCUGAUCAGAGAUUACGAAGAGCGCGCAAAGAAGAUUGAAGACAAGCGAACUCGUCGCGACACCUUAGAGGAGGACUUGGAGGAACUUGGUGCCAAGAUUCGCGAUAUCCGAAGCAGGUGGGAGCCACAGCUUGACGAGCUCAUUCGGCAGAUAUCGGAUGCCUUUGCUGAAAACUUCGCGCGCAUUCAGUGUGCGGGCGAGGUCGGUAUUGACAAGCAGGACGACUUUGCUGAAUGGGCUAUCCAGAUCAAGGUCAAGUUCAGGGAGAAUGAGCAGCUCCAGGUUUUGGAUUCACACCGUCAGUCUGGAGGAGAACGCGCAGUCUCGACAAUCUUUUACCUCAUGGCCCUUCAGAGCAUGGCACGAGCACCAUUCCGAGUCGUUGAUGAGAUCAACCAGGGUAUGGAUCCGCGAAACGAGAGGCUGGUUCACUCGCGCAUGGUCGAUAUCGCUUGCGCCGAGCACACCUCGCAGUACUUCCUCAUCACGCCCAAACUGCUCAACAAUCUCAAAUACCAUCCGAACAUGAAGGUCCAUUGCAUAGCCAGUGGAGAGUACAUGCCUGACAAGACGGAUCAGCUGGACACGUUUGAAAAUCUGGCUCAGGUUGCGUUGAGAGUGAAGGGUGGUGGCAUCAUGACUUGAAUGCUUAUCAAUGCUCUGCUUGUGUUCCGGAUUAUGGCUGGGGUCGUAACCGAUUGGAACAGAACGAUACCGAUGGCCACAGACCGAUCGCUGUUGAUCCCACGAAGCCACGACUUUUUAAUCUCUUCUUUAGGCUUCAGCCGAACUCCGCGGCCCCUUUCUACACUCUGCCACAUGCAUACGCAGAACCGGAAGUAUAAUGUUCAAUAAGCUUCAAGGUGUUGGGAUCCGCCGCUGAGGGCUCUAUUGUAUUGUAUAACUUCGCUGACUGUGCGGAGUGUUUUCCCGUAUACAUUUGUGGAACGGACAAUCUAAUCAUCAACAAGCUUCAACGUGCC